AGGGCAAAGGGCGAGCGAGCGGGGCCGGGGGCGUUUCGGGUGUCAGAAGGCGAGUCCGGUCGGACCAGGAAGAGUAACUCUGGGGAGCCUGACCCCGACCAACCUACCGCUCUCCUCCCACGAACAGAGGAGGCAGGGAAGUACUGAGGGCAGCCAAGCCUCCCCCUGGGGGUGGUUCCUGGGACUAGAUGGAGCCCAGUUUUUGGAUUCUCCCUCUUGCUUGGCCCUGCGCUUCCUGACAAACCUGGCCGUCAAACCCUGUAAUCACCCUCUUUUAACCGAGAAAGCAAACUCUUCUACUGUUUCUGAGCAGGCUUGAGCCUUAAGACUACCUUACAGGAGGUACUUGGAUGAUAGCGGUCUAAGUUUCUCUACCAGGCCUUUUAGCAGGCAGUGAAGGGGAAGUUCUGCUUUUCUAGGUUUUAUGUAGAGAAAACUGGGAGUAGAAAAGCCGAGAAAGUUGAGGGCUGGGCGGGGUUUCCAGUUUUUCAUCCAGAUGCCUUCUAAACACCUAGCCCCACGCUUGUCCUGGUCUUAAUAAUUUGCCCAUCUUGUUGACGUUUAUUGGUACAUAUAAAUCAAUUUCACGUGAAAACUACUACAUGAAAAAUUAUUUAGGCUUGCAGGUUCUAUAGGACAUUUUCUCUUGCAAAUGCCAGCAGAAAAGGCCUCAGUAUGGAGUUCAUGUUGGCCUUGAACUUACUGUGUAGCCCAGGCUGACCUCAAUCAAACUCAAGGCAAUCCUCCUUCAUUACAGAAUUGCACAGAAUUAUUAAAGAGAGAAAAGCAGUGAUCCAAUCAGUUGAAUUGAAGGAUUCUGGAGAAACCUACUAUUUACUGUGAAAAUUAUCUUGGAAUUAAAAGUAAAGCUGGAAAGGAAUUUACAAACAAGGAAAAAACGAAGUUUGGAAUUGGACACACAGGAUCUGGGCUUGGAAAUGCCUCAGCCUAGUGUAAGCGGAAUGGAUCCGCCUUUUGGGGAUGCCUUUCGAAGCCACACCUUUUCAGAACAGACUCUGAUGAGCACAGAUCUCUUAGCAAACAGUUCUGAUCCAGAUUUCAUGUAUGAACUGGAUAGAGAGAUGAAUUACCAACAGAAUCCUAGAGACAACUUCCUUUCUUUGGAGGACUGCAAAGACAUUGAAAAUCUGGAGUCUUACACAGAUGUCCUGGAUAAUGAGGGUGCUUUAACCUCAAACUGGGAACAGUGGGAUACAUACUGUGAAGACUUAACCAAGUACACCAAACUAGCCAGCUGUGACAUCUGGGGAACAAAAGAAGUGGAUUACUUGGGUCUUGAUGACUUUUCUAGCCCUUACCAAGAUGAAGAAGUCAUAAGUAAAACUCCAACUUUGGCUCAGCUUAAUAGUGAGGACUCUCAGUCGGUUUCAGAUUCCCUUUAUUACCCUGAUUCACUUUUUAGCGUCAAACAAAAUCCCUUGCCCUCUUCAUUCCCUGGUAAAAAGAUCACAAGUAGAGCAGCUGCCCCAGUGUGUUCCUCAAAGACUCUUCAGGCUGAGGUUCCUUUGUCAGACUGUGUCCAAAAAGCAAGUAAACCCACUUCAAGCACACAAAUUGUGGUGAAGACCAACACAUAUCAUAACGAAAAGGUGAAUUUUCAUGUUGAAUGUAAAGACUAUGUAAAAAAGGCAAAAGUAAAGAUCAACCCGGUACAACAAAGUCGGCCUUUGUUGAGCCAGGUUCAUACAGAUGCAGCAAAGGAGAAUACAUGCUACUGUGGAGCUGUAGCAAAGAGACAAGAAAAAAAGGGAAUGGAAGCUAUUCAGAGUCAUGCCACUCCCGCUUUGCCUUUCAAAGAAACCCAGGAACUGUUACUCAGCCCUCUCCCCCAGGAGGGUCCUGGGUCAGUUGCUGUAGGAGAGAGUAGCAGUCUUUCUAAUAGCAUGUCGAUCUCAGAUUCAUCCCAGAAAAAAGAAGAGCACAAUUACUCCCUUUUUGUCUCUGACAACUUGGGUGAACAACCAACCAAAGGCAAUCCUGAAGAAGAUGAGGAAGAUGAGGAGGAUGUUGAUGAUGAGGACCAUGAUGAAGGCUUUGGCAGUGAGCAUGAACUCUCUGAAAAUGAGGAGGAAGAAGAAGAAGAGGAGGAUUAUGAAGAUGACAAAGAUGAUGAUAUUAGUGACACAUUUUCUGAACCAGGUUAUGAAAAUGAUUCUGUAGAAGACUUGAAGGAGAUGACUUCAGUAUCUUCUCGGAAAAGAGGUAAAAGAAGGUACUUCUGGGAGUAUAGUGAACAACUUAUGCCAUCACAGCAAGAGAGGAUUCUGAGGCCAUCAGAAUGGAACCGAGAUACCUUGCCAAGCAAUAUGUAUCAAAAAAAUGGGUUACAUCAUGGAAAAUACGCAGUAAAGAAGUCACGGAGAACUGAUGUAGAAGACUUGACUCCAAAUCCUAAAAAGCUACUCCAAAUAGGCAAUGAGCUACGGAAGCUGAAUAAAGUGAUAAGUGACCUGACUCCAGUCAGUGAGCUGCCUUUAACAGCUCGGCCAAGGUCAAGGAAGGAAAAAAAUAAGCUGGCUUCCAGAGCUUGUCGGUUAAAGAAAAAAGCCCAGUAUGAAGCUAAUAAAGUGAAAUUAUGGGGCCUCAAUACUGAAUAUGAUAAUUUAUUAUUUGUAAUCAACUCCAUCAAGCAAGAGAUUGUAAACCGGGUACAGAAUCCAAGAGAGGAAAGGGGACCUAAUAUGGGGCAGAAGCUUGAAAUCCUCAUUAAAGAUACUCUUGGUCUCCCAGUUGCUGGGCAAACUUCAGAAUUUGUUAACCAAGUGUUAGAGAAGACUGCAGAAGGCAAUCCCACUGGAGGCCUUGUAGGACUAAGGAUACCAACAUCGAAAGUGUAAUGUGUAAUCAGCCUCAUUGGUCCAAUGGUCAGAAAUGUCUGUUUUUGUCACGUUCCCCAUUGUAAAUUUUCAUUCUGUUUUUGCAUGUCAGUUAGCAUUAUGUAAACAUUUACAAUUAGGUUACAUUCUUUUAAGAACUUGUAGCAUAAGUGAAGCAUGAUCCAAAAUACUUGAUUACUGCAUUUUCAGAGCAUAAACCAUGGUUAAACCUGCUACUGGCAUUAGAAUUAAAACUCAUACAUUAAAUAAAUGUUUAGGUACAGAUUGCACAAAUCUGUUAUUGCAGACAUUUUGAAGGAGUGAAUAGACUAGUGUAAUGCCAGGUAUUAUGGCAGGUUUAUGCUCUGAACCACACAAAAAUAUUGAGGAAGCAUUCUUUUUAAAAACAAUUUAGAUUGUUUUUAGAAUUACUGCUUUUUGUUCUAAUUUUCCACAACCAUUAAUUUCACUUGUACAUGACAUAUUCAACAGGCCUGUGUGCCAUGUUAGAUGUUAAUUUUCAGAGCUCAAUAUAAAUGUAUAUUAUAUAUAUAAAUGUCUGUGCAAGUAAGAAAAAAAAAGCAUAUUCUUUGUGCCUUGUAUUUUGGGGAAUCUAUAAAACUGGUAAUAUUUUGUAUGAUGAAAACCCUAAUAAGGAAAAACAAGAUAUAUAGAUGGAAAAUUAUGGGGUUUAAAUGGUUUUUUGUUCCAACUCUUUUUCAAAUUUUUGAAUGUAUAUAGGACUAUGUUGAAAUGUAGAUAUAUGCCACAGAGUCUGUGUAUUGUAUAAAAAACAAAACAAAAAACAAACAAAAAAAGAUGGCUCUAGAAAACUUACAUUUCGGUACUUGACCGGAAGAAGACAAAUACUUGCACAUUAUUGUGAUUGUUUUAUUUUUUGUACCAAAGACAAAUGCAACUGAUAUGGCAAACUGCCAGUCUAAGUAAAGUUUUGCACAGCUUACGAUACUGUAUGAAUGUAUGAAAAAAAAGAAAAAAUUAAAAGGUCAGGGUUAGGGAUCUUACUGAACUGUGAAUUUUAUUUCUGUUUGGGUCCAAUUAUCUACAGAAGGAGCAUCCAUACAUACAAAUAUUUUGCUGUUCCUCUAGUUCACUUCCAUAGUAGAUAAGCUGAUGGCCAUUUAGAUGUCUGUAAGUCUUUUAUUUCUGCACUUACUGUAGGAAAUUUUAAUAUAUUUCAUUUUAGUAAGCUAUUGAUAAAAUAAUUUUUGACUUUGAAAAUUAAAAGUUUAUUUAGCUUAUUGUAGUAUACUUCCACCAAACAACCAAAAUACAGAUUAUUUUUAUUGUAUUAUGUAUAUAUAUUGUAAAGAAAGAAAAAAGCUAAAAUAUCUAAUUCUUUAAUUGCCACUUUUCCAAUUGAUGUAUUAUUGUGCAUGUAAUAUUUUCGAAGAUCAACACAGCUGAAAACAACAAAAAAAUUUAUAGAUUUUUAUAUUUUUGUACAGGUAUUUUCAAACUAGCUUCUUCAGACUUUCAUGUGACUUUAUUCUUCUAUAGUUUCUAGAACUGAAAAACAUUAACACAUUUAGUUUUUAGGUGCUCUUUUUUGCUUACAUAAAACAGCUUCAUUAGUCAGUGUUUAAACUGUUCAAGCUUUACUUCUUGAUAAGAAAUUUGUUAUGUCAAGGCAGCAUUAUAAACUUUCCCCACAGAUCUUCCCACUCUCUCUGUUUUAUUCUCCAAUCUUAUGUUUUAAAUUCUUAAAAAAAAACAAAUGUAUCUAGCAAAAAACAAAACCCAAAAAUACUAGAUAUAGCUGCUGGGAAAAUAUCACAUUUCCCACUAUAAAAAUUGAUUAUUUAUACUUUUGUCUAUAUUUUCUUUUACUUUCUUCCUCUUUCCCUUAAGCUAUAGCAUAUGAAGCUGUAGCACUUGAAGGAUUGAUUCCAGAACACACCGUAACAACCCAGCAUCGUUGCUUAUUUGCUUCUUUGACAUCAUGAAACAUAAGAAACUUAAAGGACUAUCUUUGACACCUUCACUGAUGCACAAGAUUUUCCUGUGUGUUUGGUGGAAAUGUACCUGGUUAGUGCAUUCAUGCUAGCAGAUAAGCUCAUAUCUAAUGUUAAUAGAAUACAGGUUCAUUGUUUUCAAGUUUUUCUUUUUUAGAUGGGAAAAGGCAAAGCACAGGUUUGCAACUUGGAUGUAUAUGAAGCCUUAGCAGUAUAUGAUAAAUUGAAGGGUUCUGAAAUACAGCAGUUUUGCAGUCAGGUGAAAAUUGCUUUGUGAUAGAGAUACAGCCGAUAAGAUUUAUAAAAUUGCCCCUUUCUAGCUGUUCUGUUAGGAAUUUCUGGGUUUUGAUACUUUUUUCCUGUCUGCAAACCAGAAUUUGAUUUUUUGGUCUUGCAUUUCAAAAAAAGACUUUGAAUCUGUUUAGUAGAUUCCAUAUCCUUGCAUUUCAGUGUUUUAUAUGUACUACUUAAGUUAAAUAGUUAAAAGCUUUUAAAUAGUAGAGCUUUUUAAUGUUGACACUUUAUUUUGUACCUAUUUAUAUAUGUAUGUAUAUCUUAGAAAAGCACUUUGUUAAAAAAAUGCAUUUUAUAUGAUUCCUGCCAUUUGCUGCUAAAUCUGGGCUGGUCAGAAUGCUGCAGCGAUACUUGAUCUAAAUAAAAACCUGGCAGUAAAAUGUAGAGUGAAAGUUAAAUCCUCUUGCUGUUUUAACUUUAUCACAAAGAUGACAUAGGCAAGCUGUGCAGCUUUACAUUUUAACCAGGGGACUCUGUGGCAUUUAAAACCGUCUAGAAAUGGUUGUACUUUAAUGCCAGUAAUAAUCUGCUUCCUCUAUUGUCAUUAAAAUAUAUACGUUUAGUGUAUCACAAAAACAAUCUUAUAACAUAAUAUACAAACCCCAACAGUUGUACAUGUUUUGUUUUUUAAAAUUGUGGCAUGUAUUUUUGGGUGAAGAGCAAUAGAUAAGAGCUCUCUCAAGGGUUUCUGUGUUCAUACAUGGUAUACAGAUAGCUCAUAAUGAAGUCAAGAAUCUUAAGUGAAGGCAUUGUGAAUUCACCUCAAAUAAACCCAUUGUUCCAAAAACAAUGACAAACUUUGACUCUAGUACAACUACGGUUUUAAGGGAAAAAAAAAAAAAGACUUUCUUCCUAGUUCGAGAUACACUGGAUUCUUUAUAGAAUUUGUCUCCCUAUGAAAGCAUGCUGUCCAAUUGCUCUUGUUAAGAUCUUGUCUGAGUUUUGAAUUGGGUGCCACACUUUUUCAGUCGAUAUGGUUGCUUGUUCUACUGUACCAUGUAUGAUUCUUGUCCUUUCCUAUGUCCUUCAUGACAGAUUAUGAUGUGGCUUUAUAUUGUGCCUUACUUGUACAUUUAAAACUAAAUGUCUUCAUUCCCUUCCAUUUCCUAAAUCUUUAACUUUGAUCUUUUUGGUAAGAAAACUAGAGCUAUUACAAAAGCAUCAUGAAGGAUUUCAGAUGGGUAUGGUUUCAUAUUCCCUCUCUUUAUAUUUUAUAUUUGUAUGAAAGACCAGUUUUGAAUGGUCUUUGAAUAUGAGGGGGGAAAGAUUAGCAGCAGUUUCACUACAUACAUCCCUUUUCACUUUUAUGAAUUUGUCAUACAUCUUCUUUCUGAUGCUUGACUUUAUUUGCUUCCUAGCGAUAGUCUGCAUUUAGAGAAAGAUGUGUUCAGUUAAUUUGUUUGAAAUUGAAUAUUUCAUUUCCCAGAACUUUUUAGAGAGAAGAGUACCCAUUUUGUUUGUUUUAUAUAACAGAUGACAAGUCUCUUUAAAAGAAACAGAAGUACAGUACUUUUGGAAUACAAUGCUGUUAGUUUGGAUUUCUUUUUUAUAUAUAAUAUUCAUACAAUUAUCUGAUGUUUGCCUUCAUUAAUAAAGCUGUUAGUUUAUUCACCAAAAUGUCAAGAAUGGAUGUGCUUUUCUUUAUUCAACACAUUUAAAAUUAUUUUAGCUGCUAAGAUUUAGCUAACUUUCUAAGAAAUGAAUUCAAGUUGCCUUCAACAGGAAUUAAUAAAAACUUGUGUUCCCUUUCUUUAUAUAGUCUUCCUAAAAUUCUGUUUAAGUAUGUUCUAGUUAAUUAUAUAACAAUGUUAGCAUCUCUCCAGAUCUUGAAACUUGAAUUUUGAGAAUGCAUUGAAUUACGCUUUCAGUGUUAAAAGGUUUCAAUUAUCCUUCUAGUGAAGUCUGUCGUGGAAUACCACUUCCCAUGGAACUGAGGCCAUUUCCACAACUUUGCACAGAACUGCAGUCUUGUUCUUCCCUUGGAUCAUGACAAAUAAGUCUCACACAGUGCCGUAAUACUUGUGGAUUCUUUUGUAAUCUUUGUAAUCUUAAUAAGGGCAUUAUGAGAAGAUGACUCCAUGUUUUUUAAUAUUUCAAACAUAUUGGGAUGUAACAAUGAAUGUCAACUGUAGGAAUGGUUGUUUCGUUUUAAGGAAUAAGCAUGUUGAGGAAAGAUAAUCAAAAUGUACUACUGAAAGUUAUACACUUCCAUAGGCAAGUGGGGUUAUGUGUUGAAGCAUAGUCCUCAUGCUUAAUAAACUGACUGAAUUAAUAGAAAUAUAAUAACACCUAGAGACUGAAUUAUGCCAAAUUGCCAUUUUUGCUUAGAAAGGAUUUGGAGGUGGCAGUAAAGAAAUAGAAUCUUAUGACCACUUCCAAAUAGUAUUUUGGAAUUGAAGACUUGGUGACUAAAAAGAACAUCAAAGUUGGUUAUUUCAGUGUGCCAAGUUCAGAAGAACUAGGUUUGCCUCUUUCAUAACAGUGUAAACACAGUGGUGUAAUUAACUCAGUUUGGGGUGGAUGGGAGCAAGACUGAUUACUGUGUCUUGCCCUUCACCCUUUGUUUUUUUCAGAACCAAAUAACAUAAAUGUGUAUAUGUACUGUAUCUGCCUUUCCAUCACAUUUUUAUGACACUGUAUUCCAUCACAUGCUUUUUUACUUUCUUUAUGGUUUGUCCUAUAGCUUAGCAUUUAUGGUUAACAGUGAUACUAGGGCUGCCUGCACAGAAGUCACAGAAGAGCAGAAAGGCAAGAAUUUGAAGUAUUUGUUUCUACAGUGUGGCAACCUCUUUGGCAUAGUUGCUUAGGAUACUGUUUGUAAUGGUAUCAUAAAUAUUCUGUGGCUUUAUUUUUCCUCCCAGCUGGAGCUAUGGCACUUUUUAUUGGAUUCAGUCUUGUCUCUUGUCUAGAAAGAAUUUUAUCUUGUUGACGCAUGAGCUGUUUAAAAUUAUUCUAUUCAAUGUUGGUUAAUAGUUGUGCAGUUUUCAUUUCAGAAAAAAGGCAGUACAAAAUUGCCUUUAUUUUCUGUCACCUUCCAGCCCCUCAGCUCUAGUCAGAUACAGAUUCAUCAGUGUAUGCAACAUCCUUUGUAAUUUAAAAUAAAAAAAUGAAAAGGUUUUGAA